AUGUUGGCGAGGCAUGCAACGAGAACUCCAAGUAGGACAUUUUCUACAAAAAAACUACCGAAACUGAUAGAAUUGAAAAGCAAAAUUACCAAAAGUCCUACGUUAAGUGAAAGAGAUUUCCAAGCCAUAAAAAAUUGGGCAACAACGAUUGACAUUACUGGCCACAGAAGCUUAACCCCAAAAGGCCGAGAUGAAAUGAAAGGACUGGCAAUAAGAGUUCGUGAAGCUUUUCCAAAUCUAUUCGAACGGCAGUACGACCCCGACGUUUAUAAAGUGUUGUCUACAAAGAGUGAGCGGUGUGUAAUUUCGGGCAAAGUAUUUAUGGAAAAUGUUCUUAAUGAUGAAGCUAUCCCCGAAUUACCUAUAUGUGACAAUACGGAUAUCCUUCUAACCUUGGAAGGUAUGAUGAAAGACGACGAGGAAUACGAUGAUGUACAAGCAUAUAUUAAAGAUCAAGAGAAAGAAUUCAAGGGAGGCCCUCACAUGGCUGGUGUCGUGCAAAGGGUUGCGGCCAAAUUGGGCAUAGAUUCUGAAGAACUUAACCCUGAGAUCAUAACCACCAUGUACGAGGCGAGUGCCUACGAAUAUUCUAAUGACGAAAGUGUGGUUCCAGCUUGGUACAAUGUGUUCUGCCCAGAUGACCUUGAAGUAAGCAAAUAUAGUAGACAAGUGAUUGUCAUGAACCGUAAGCAUUUGUUGAUUUUGAUUCGGUUGUAG